UCCGCGACCCGGCCGAGUUAAGACAAACCAGAACGAGUCAACUCAAUCCAGGAAGCGGAACUCAAACCUUCCAAUAAACCAAAAUCUAUAGACCUAAUUCACGUCCGUUUUCCCCCUUUGCUGGGUUCUCCUCCUCCUCUUCGCCUUCAAUUCUUUCAUAAUCACACAAUCGAUUCCCUUGUUUUCUAAAUCGUAACCCUAAAAAGAGUUCCCUCACAAACCCAAUUGCCUUAUUGGUUUUUACUUAAUUUUCUAAAUACCUAGUUCUUUGGGGCUUCAAUAUUAUUGUCCUUAUUUGGUUCUCAAAAAGCAACCUCUGAAGCCUUGAUUUGGUUUUUUUCCUCAUCUGUGGGUUUGUUUAAGUUUUCAAACUGGCUAUGGACUACGAACCGUACGACAGCAGUGGAACGGAUGAUGAUCUUCCUCCAUCACAUCAAAAUAGGAUACCAAGAGGUGGUGGCCGCAUGAAUGGAAAUGGGAGAUCUGCUGUCAUGGCAUCUGUACCCUACCAAAGGAUGUAUGGUGAAACUGACAUGGAGGCCCAAAUUCACCAGCUCGAGCAAGAAGCAUACAGUUCGGUUCUAAGAGCCUUUAAAGCUCAAGCUGAUGCCAUUACUUGGGAGAAAGAAAGUUUGAUCACGGAGUUAAGAAAAGAGUUAAGAUUGUCCAAUGAAGAACAUCGAGAACUUCUUGGUAGAGUUAAUGCUGAUGAUGUCAUCCGAAGAAUAAGGGAGUGGAGGCAGUCGGGGGCUCAUCAACCUGGUAUGCUUGGCACCGCUCAAGCUAUUCACGACCCAUUACCUAGCCCUUCUGUCUCAGCUUCGCGGAAGAAACAGAAGAUAGCGCCAUCUUUACCGUCACAGUCCUUUGCUGGACCAUCUCCUACUUUUCACCCACCUGCUCUGGCUGCUGCAAGUCAGCCGUCUUCAUCCGCUGCCAAGAGAGGGCCUAUAAUGGGGCCUAAGGGCAACAAGAGUAAAUCUGGCCAGAUGAUGCCUGGUGCAUCCUCAAUGAAAAUGCAGUACCCUUCCUCUGGUCCAUUUGGAAGAGGCCAACUAGGCAAUCGGGUCUCUGAACCUGCUGAAGCAGGAUCAUUUGAUCCAUUGAUUGGAAGGAAAGUGAGGACUAGAUGGCCUGAUGACAAUAAUUUUUAUGAGGCAGUCAUUACUGACUAUAACAAAGCUGAGGGUAGACAUGCUCUUGUUUAUGACAUUGGUACUACAAAUGAGACAUGGGAAUGGGUCAACCUUAAAGAGAUUUCUCCAGAGGAUAUUCAGUGGGAAGGUGAAGACCCAGGAAUUUCUCGUCAUGGAAAUUAUGGUGGAUCAGGCCGUGGCAUGAGUAGGCCUGUUGGGCGUGAUAGCGCUCCAGGUGCAGGCAGGGGAAGGGGGUUAACUAAACCACAGUCCAGAAAAGGCUUUCCACCAUCACAGAAUGGAGGAAAGAAGGGAUCUGAUGAUAUCCAGUUACUUCACACGGAAACACUGAUUAAGGAGGUGGAGAGGGUCUUUGGCGCCAGUCAUCCAGACCCUUUGGAGAUCGAGAAGGCAAAAAAAGUGCUAAAGGAGCAUGAGCAAGCACUUCUGGAGGCCAUCUCAAAGCUCGGAGAGAUCUCUGAUGGCGAGAGUGGAUAAGUGGCCUAAAAUCAAUACAAGGAGUGAAGGAGUGAUGAUGUCAAACAAGCAUAACUUGAAGGACUUAAGACAAGAUCAUUGUUUAGGAGUAACAGUACACUUCCAAAAUUAGGGACAUUUGAUGCUAUUUCCUCUUAAGUUUUCUUAUUUUUGAAUGAUGUUGGACAAGUUCCUUGCUGGCAGACGGCAGUAAUGGCAUAAUUUAUCCUUAUAAAAAAAAGUAACUGUGUAAUUUAUAUUGAAGUACUCCUAUGCUUCUAAAUUGUGUUCUUGGAGUGGAUGGAAGUUGAAGUACCCUGCAGGACAUAUUUGUGCUUUUGCUUCUCUAUGAUACUUAUAUUUUCUUGUUGUUUCAUGUCAAACUACUUUCUUUGGAAAAAUAAGUUUCAUGUGAAGUUGUUUCGGACCAUCCUAGGAAGCUUAGUGAAUCAUAGAGUUAAUAUAAAUUGUCCAUCCCUUUGACAUUUAUGUCACUGGGAAAUACCUGAAAUCUAUCAUUUUGUUUCAUUCCUCUAUUCAGAAAGGACUACAUGUUUUUUUUCUUUGAGAAAGAAUAAAGGAAUACAUGUUUUAAGAACAAAAAGAUGUGUAUCUGACCAUCUGGUAAAUUUUUAUUCCAUGUAGAGGUAGAAGUCACUAAGUUCAAGUUACCGCUUCUAUAUUGAUACACAUUGACAGAGAAACAUGUUAAUUCUCAUGACAAAUAACAUAUAAUGAAAUAAAUGACAUGGCCAAAAUACAUAAAAGCGAGAUACUAGUUACUACUGUGAUGUAACAGGAACAAUAGAAAUGUGAAACAGUUAAAGUUGAAGCCCGAUGUGUCAGAUGGUAUUAUAAUUCGAGUGAAUACCAUUAACUGGAAGUAGCAUAACACCCAACCUGACACUUCCACCGUCAACAGCUCAAUCUUUUGCUGCUGCCAUCUUCACUACUAGGUCCAGCUCAGUACACACACACACACACUCUUACCAGCUUUGGCACAUAGCACAGAACACCGCUUAAUUUCAUCAGAUCAUUAUGGAUUACUGGCCCAUUUCUUUUGUAUGAAAUCCUUCCCAGUUCUAAUUGGAAAUCAAAAUCUCCCUGCUGAAGGUGUAAUAAUUUUUAAGAAGGUUCUGGUUGACAGGAUUUAUUAUGUAAUGUAUUUUUGGAGAAUGAGAAGUGUAAAAUGGAGGGUGGGGAGCAAAAAGGUAUCUCUGUACUUUGUGGGAAUGCAUGGAUGAGGACUUGUCCACCUUCAUUUUGUUGUUGUUUAUAGCUUUUCUUAGUGAAGCAUGUAAGCAUGUGAGUGUUUGUAUCUUUUCUUAAUGAAACUUGAAGCAUGUAAGUAUGUGAGUGUAGUGUGUUUCCACCAAGGUUACCCGGAAAAGAGUCUGCAAUCACUAGUGAAGUAGGUUGGUUAUGCAAAGCUUCUAUCUGAUCUCUGAGUCCAUCAGGCGUUGCAUCACUUCUUGAUUGUAAAAAAAUUAACAGAUCUCUUCUGAUUGCAACUGAUCAUGUCAUAAUAACAACCAUCUAGGUUUAUUGGGAAAAAAGGAAUGAAGACCAAUGUUCUUCCAUUUCUUACUGAUUUGUGUUU